AUCGGAAGCCAUCGGGAGUGUGUGUGCGUGUGUUUGUUUGUGUGCGUGCGUGUGUGUGUGUGUAUGAGUGAAUUUGUGCGUCUGGAGAGAGAAACAUAGACCGAGCCCCUAACACGGAGCAUGCCUCUGCGUCCGGCAGCCGGCAAACAUGAGCCACCCAGCCCUCCACGGCAGGACCAGCAGCAGCAUCAGCAUCACACACAUACACACUCACUCGCACUGCCUUACACACACACAUCAAACGGCAGCCAGGGGGCUAGCACUGACAGCGGCAGCUCCCAGGAAGAGGACGGCGGCGUUCCCUUUUCUGUCGGCGUUCCGGCUUUCUGUCCCGGUGCAGAGCAGAGCCACAGAGGAAGGGCACCCAUGGAAGAGCCGACCGGCAACACCGUGGUCAUCCGCAUUGGAAUCCCAGACCUUCAACAGACGAAAUGUAUGAAAUUUAAUGUGGAUCCUCCGAUCUGGCAGUCCAAGCAGCGAAUCCUGUGCACGCUCAACCAGAGCCUGAAGGAUGUGCUCAACUACGGCCUGUUCCAGCCGGCCUACAACGGCAAGGCUGGCAAGUUUCUUGACGAGGAGAGACAGCUAAGGGAAUACCCUUUCCCAUCCCUCGCUCCCAUACCUUACCUGGAGUUCCGCUAUAAAAGACGUGUGUACACCCAGACUCACCUGGAUGAAAAGCAGCUGUUCAAGCUCCAUACCAAGGCAAACUUGAAGAAGUUUAUGGAGUACAUGCAGCAAAGGAACAUUGAAAAGGUCUCAAGGUUCCUGGAAAAGGGCCUGGACCCCAACUUCCAUGAUCCAGAUACAGGAGAAUGUCCUCUCACGCUCGCAGCACAGCUGGAGGGAUGUGCAGAUCUCAUCAAGGUGCUGAAGAGUGGAGGGGCGCAUCUGGACUUCAGAACAAAAGAUGGCAUAACAGCCCUGCACAAGGCCGUGCGCAGCAAGAACUAUACAGCACUUAUAACGCUGUUGGACUUGGGUGCAUCGCCCGACUAUAAAGACAGUAGGGGGUUGACUCCUCUGUACCACAGCUCGAUGGUAGGAGGAGACCCCUACUGCUGUGAGCUGCUGCUGCAUGAUCAUGCACAAGUUGGCUCUGUGGAUGAGAAUGGCUGGCAGGAGAUACAUCAGGCGUGCCGCUACGGCCACGUGCAACACCUGGAACACCUGCUGUUCUACGGAGCUGACAUGAGCGCCCAGAAUGCAUCUGGAAACACUGCACUGCAUGUGUGUGCUCUCUACAACCAGGACAGCUGUGCACGAGUCAUCCUGUUCCGGGGGGCCAAUAAGGAGAUAAAGAACUACAACAGCCAGACUGCCUUUCAGGUGGCCAUUAUAGCCGGAAACUUUGAUCUGGCUGAAAUCAUAAAGGUCCACAAAACAUCGGAUGUUGUGCCUUUCAGAGAGACCCCCUCCUACACCAGCCACCGACACAUGGCGCCCGGUAGCCUGCCCUCGCCACGCUCCUUACUACGCUCUGCGAGUGACAACAACCUGAACGGGGACCACGAUCACAUCCGCGGUCAGGCACCUAGAGAAACCCGUGGCCGUCAGGGUCACUCCCCUGUUCCCUCCCUGUGCAGCCUUCCGGCUUUCGGGCAGCAGCACAGCAGCCUUGGAGAGAGCCGUCAUGGAGAGAUCCCUGACAGCAGUCUCCAGAGUACGGGCAGCUCCAGGUCCUCCCACUCCCGCUCGCCCUCGCUACAUCACAUUUACGAAGAGGACAGGCCAGUUCCCAGAAGGUCCCACAGCCACGGCUACCCUCAAGGACACGGCCAUCGCGGAAGACUCAGCCCCGGCUCAGUGCAGAGAGACCCGAGCCCCCCUCACCACACGCCUCCGGCGCUGACGGGCCCCCGCGGGCCCAAACGGAAACUCUACAGCGCCGUCCCCGGGCGUACCUUCAUUGUGGUCAAACCCUACACUCCACAAGGGGAGGGAGAGAUCCAACUGAACCGCGGCGAGAGGGUCAAAGUUCUGAGUAUAGGGGAAGGUGGCUUCUGGGAAGGCACGGUCAAAGGGAGGACAGGCUGGUUUCCAGCAGACUAUGUGGAAGAAGUUCAGAUGAGGCAGUAUGACCCCCGGCUAGAGACCCGGGAGGACCGCACAAAGAGACUGUUCCGACACUACACUGUGGGAUCCUAUGACAACUUCACCUCAUACAGUGACUACAUCAUAGAGGAAAAGAAUGCUGUUUUGCAGAAGAAAGAAAAUGAGGGGUUUGGUUUUGUCCUGCGGGGAGCCAAAGCAGAGACGCCCAUCGAGGAGUUCACCCCCACCCCAGCGUUCCCGGCCCUCCAGUACCUGGAGUCUGUGGACGUUGAGGGAGUGGCCUGGCGGGCUGGUCUUAGGACAGGAGACUUCCUCAUUGAGGUAAACGGGGUUAAUGUAAUAAAGGUGGGCCAUAAGCAGGUGGUGUCCUUGAUCCGCCAGGGGGGCAACAAGCUGCUGAUGAAGGUGGUGUCUGUGACGCGCAAACCUGAAUCCGAGGAAGUUGUUCGCAAGAAAGCUCCCCCACCACCCAAAAGAGCUCCCAGCACCACCCUGACGCUGCGCUCUAAGUCAAUGACCGCCGAGCUGGAGGAACUGGCUUCUGCUCGGAGGAGAAGAGGAGAGAGACUAGAUGAGAUGUUGGCAUCCCAGGAAUCUAUCUUGCGUUCUCAGCCCUCAGAGGCAGAUUACAGAGCAGCGACUGUCAAACAAAGACCCACCAGCAGGAGAAUAACACCAGCAGAGAUCAGUUCACUGUUUGAGAGACAAGGGAUGACUCUACAUGGAGGUCUUCACCCAGGCAUUGAGAGGGGUCAUAUACCACUACCAAAGGGGAUGUCCAGGACCAAGUCUUUUGGUGCCACUGAGGAGGAUCGGUUGUCUACCCUUGAAGGCGAGCAGAGAUUUCCCCGCAGCUCCUCCAUGACAGACAGCCUCCGAGAGCCCUCACAGCCCCAUCCCAUCCCUCCACCGCCACAGACAGCACCUCCCCCUCCUCCCUACUACCUAGACACUGGUCCUCCCCCAGCCUUCUGUCCCCCUCCUCCCCCAUCUAGGACUCAGAGUCAGGGUUAUGAGCCCGGAGAACGCUCCAGUUUCAAGCCCUCCUCCUUGGACCUGCCUUACGAGGACGCUCACCGGCAGGCGACACACCUGGAAAGACAGAAGAAAGCCCGCUCCAUGAUUAUCCUGCAGGAUUCUUCGCAUUUACCUGUAGAACCUACGGAAAUUCCGUGUCCUUCUGCUGCUCCUCCACCCGAGCGAAUCAAAAGGAAGGGCCGAAUUAUUGACAACCCUUAUGCUAAUAUGGGACAAUUUAGCAUUGGACUAUACACUAAGCCUCAGAGGAAGAAAAGUCCCCUAGUUAAACAACUACAGGUGGAAGACGCACAAGAAAAAGCUAGUUUGGCCUUGGCUGCUGCCCACUCCAGAGAGAGCUCCCCGUCAGGGCGACACCAGUAUACCCAUGGACACACACACACCAGCCGUGGGGACUACUACCAGCAGCAGCUGAUGGCUGAGCGAGAGCGCAGCCGCGCCCAGGGAGAGAUGAUGUUUCAGGGCAAAGGCCCCUUUGCCGCUGCAAUAGCUGGAGCAGUAAAAGACCGCGAGCGUCGCCUCGAAGAACGGAGGAAAUCCACCGUCUUCCUUUCCGUUGGGACCAUGGAGGGGACGUCUGGCACCAGCUGUGACCUCCCUUCUCUGACUCAGUCUCACUCUGUUGAUGAGCGGAUGCUCAACAGAGAGCUGGGACAGCUGCCUCCCCCCGCCUUGGCCCCGAGCUCCUCAACCAGUGGGACCACCUUUAUUCAUCCGCUCACAGGGAAGCCCCUGGAUCCUAACUCUCCACUGGCUCUUGCGCUGGCCGCAAGGGAAAGAGCGCUGACCUCCCAGAGCCAAUCGCCAACUGGCAGCCCAGAGACCAGGACUAAGCAUGAGCGGGACCCUCAGACCAAAGAGUCACCACAUGGGGAAGGGGCCUCCACAACUCCCCCAUUUUCGCCUAAAAGCGCUAUGGUAGCGGGGUAUGGAGUGGGAUCCUCUGCGGCAUCUAUUUUAGUUCCCCAGCCAACAAAAUCCCAGUGGGCCCCAUCUCCAUCGCCUUUAUCGUUCAGGAAAGACAUGGAGGCCAGAGUAGAGGAGAGGAAGGGGGAAAAAAGGCUGGAGGAUAAAAAAAGUAUGUUGAUUAGUAUUCUGGAUACGUCGCAGCAGAAAACUGCAGGGCUCAUCAUGGUCCAUGCGACUAGUAACGGCCAGGCUGCUGGGGUGGGUCCAGAGCCAGAGCGGACACCUUCCCCAAAGCCCACGGAGCCGAGCAAAUCUCCCAGUCCUACGGUCUGCCGGCCCCAGGCCCAACUCCAGGCCCAGCCUCAAACUCCUGCCAGUCCGGCCCAAGAGAAAAGCCUGGCUCAGGGGAGCUCCGAGGAGGAUGUGGAUCCGUACACAGUGACCCUGCCGCCGGCAAUUUUGUCCUCCAGUGAUGAGGAAACUAGAGAGGAGCUGCGUAAGAUAGGAGUUGUUCCGCCGCCAGAUGAGUUUUCUAACGGUCUGCUGGCACAGGCGCAAGGGAUGCCAGUGUCCCUGAUGAAGCCUGCCGCCUCUCCCGCCACCCCUACAACCGCGACACCCACAACUCCCUCAGCUACGACAACGCCAACUGUGACACCCGCCCAGCCUCAGCCUCCCCAACCGGCACCUCCACCCGGUGCAGCAGUUGUCUCAGGGAAGCCCUCUGACCCUCUGGAGCCAGCGCCAGUGGGGGAGACCGGCUCUGCGGCCGACUCUGGCGUGGAGGAGGCCGACACGCGUAGCUCCAGCGACAGAGAGCGAGACCACCACCUCGAGACCACCAGCACCGUCUCCACGGUCUCCAGCAUGUCCACGCUGUCCUCGGAAAGCGGCGAGCCUGCUGACACGCACACCACGCACACCUCCUAUGCCGACGGGCAGACUUUUGUGCUCGACAAGCCGCCAGUGCCUCCUAAGCCUCGACUCAAGUCCCAUAUAGGAGGCGGCAAAGGCCCCGUCACCUUCAGGGACCCUCUGCUGAAGCAGAGCUCGGACAGCGAGCUUCUAUCACAACAACAGUCCGCCGCUCUGACUGCCGCCGCGGCUGGAGGAGCCGGGCUGCCCGCAGGCGGCUCGGCCUCAGUGACUGGACCAGCCCCGACCAAACCGCGCUAUCUCUUCCAGCGGCGCUCUAAGCUGUGGGGGGACCCAGUGGAGCCUCGUGAAGUGGGGCUAGGUAUUGGGAGUUUGGGAAACCUUGGUGGACUGGGGCUGGGGCUGGGUUUAGAUGAGGUAGCAAAACCAACGGUUAUGGGGGAGCUCAGUUCACGACUACAGCAGUUAAAUAAAGACACUAGGUCACUGGGAGAGGAGCCACUAGGAGCGUCAUUUGACCCAGGGAGGAAAUCACCUGUGACAGGUGCCAGGAGGCUGGAAUAUUUUGCUUUCGUGUUGCCUAUACUUCACUACUUGAGGAGCUAAAAGAUAUGAAGAAAUAUUCUAAGUGUAAGCCAUCGCUUUUGCAGUCCUCUCAUUGUAUUAACAUCAGCAGGAGGAGCUGACCAACUCCACACAACUGGAACUGCAGUGCUCCUCACGUUGUGUUUACGUCCGUCUGUCAACUCAAUUACUUACGUGACAAUCAGACAAAGAAAAACUGUUGCAAGAAUUGAUCAGAGGAAGGGCUCGCGGAUAUUGACAGUGAUUUGACCCCAUUUCAAAUCACUGUCAAUACCCCCAAGUACAAUUGAGGGAAAAAAAGCUUUGCGAGGAGUGAUGGAGGUUGAGCGGGAGAGGACGCUCCUCGCGCUCACGCAUUUUUUUUGCUUUUUGAAUUGUACACGUGGGACCUCUAGACCGCAGGUGGUGACAGUAACUUGACCUCACUAGUAGUUAUUGGCCUUUCAUUCUGACUCAUGUCCUCUUGUUGUUGUUGUUUGCUUCUCGACAUGUUCGACGUGGAAUUUACCUCCAUCACUUUCAUCAAUGUAUCAAUGUCAAUGUAUUUAGGCCAUUUUCUUUUAAUAUGUACACACAAAAAAGCAUGCUUGCAGUCCUGACUCUUCACCAGUAGCAAAUUAACUAUUACAAAUACGGUUGUAGCUCAUUCGUUGCUUUUACUUAAGAGAAUGAAAUGCCUGAGUUACUAUAGAGUAAGAUAUAAAUUCACCAUGAGAUAUUGCCCCAAAUUCACCCAUCAACUUUUGACAUGUACCUCAACAACACUCAGUCAUGAUUGGACAUCUUAAUGAAAGAUUAUCCAAUAAAAUUCAUCCCCACAAAACCCAUCCCGACCGUUGGUUGUCCUCGGCUGUGACACCAUUAUUUCUUGCAUGUCCCAGCACGUUAAACUAUGAUGUUACUCCAUCACUUAACCCAUAUCCAAUGUGUCAUAUUCAAAAACCAUAUGCGGCUGUAUUUUGUCUCUUUGUCUCUAUACACACCUCGUUCUCAUGCAGUGUAUUAUAGCUCUGAGUGGCACAGGAACCCGUGCUUCUCAUUUGAGUUCAUCUGUGCAUUUUGGUUUUCUGUUCUCCUCUUUUAAUGUGAUUUGCAUAACUUUGUUUUGUUUUUCAGUGAUUGUGUUGAGGAUAGCCAUGGUCCCUGACUGUCUUGCUUAUUGGACACUGUAGGUUUCUUAAAUAACUCAUAAAUUACACAGAAUAUAUGACAACA